AUGGAUCUCGCUUCUUCACCACUGAGCUCUCUCGAAUGGAGUCUAGAUGACAGUUCAACCUGUCCCACUACCCCCACAUCUAGUCCGCUGUUUCGCGCUGCAAAGGUGGACGAUGUCUCGUCGCAUUCUACCUCGCCUGCGGGAAUCACUGACACUCAGAGAGCCCACAACGACGCUGCGACCGCCAGUUCGGCACGCAUUCUGGCUAAUGACCGUGUGAAGAGCGUCUGCGUGGUGGGUGCAGGAUACGUGGGCGGACCAACCGCGGCUGUUCUCGCGCUGUACAAUCCCUCUGUCGCAGUGGCAGUGCUGGACCGGGAUCCUCAUCGCAUUCAGAGCUGGAAGUCGGCGCAUCUUCCGGUACAUGAACCCACCCUGUACAAUGUGGUGCGCGCAACGCGCGAUGGCUCGGACGUGGCUCAGAGUGUUGGUACCGAAGGCUCAGAGUACUCGCGCCGACAGCCCAACUUGUUCUUCACAUGCGACUCGACGGCCAUUGCAGACGCCGACAUGAUAUUCCUGGCCGUCAACACACCCACCAAGACCUUCGGUCUCGGCGCCGGUAGAGCCACUGACAUGACAGCCGUCGACGGCGCCGUGCAGGAGAUAGCACGCCACGCAAAGCCAGGAGCCAUAAUCGUCGAGAAGAGCACCGUGCCAUGUGGAACAGCUGAACGGGUGCGACAAACACUCACCACCCUCCGCCCCAACACCCCCUUCGAAGUCCUCUCCAACCCCGAAUUCCUCUCCGAAGGCUCCGCCAUCGACAACCUCGUCCACCCGGACCGCGUCCUAAUCGGCUCCUCAGGAACAGCCCCCGGCCGGCGCGCCGCCCGCAUGCUCGCCCACCUCUACUCCUGGGUCCCUCCGACGCGCAUCCUCCAAGUAAACGCCUGGUCAUCGGAACUCGCCAAACUCGUCGCCAACGCCAUGCUGGCCCAGCGCAUCAGCAGCAUCAACUCCAUCAGCGCGAUCUGCGAAAAGACCGGCGCAGACGUCGACCAAGUAGCGCGUGCCAUUGGCAUGGAUGCGCGCAUCGGACCACAGUUCCUCAAAGCCGGCGUCGGAUUCGGCGGGUCCUGCUUCCGCAAAGACAUCGCCAGUCUGACAUAUCUCGCUGAAUCACUAGGAUUAGACGAAGUCGCGCAUUACUGGCGCCAGGUCAACGCUAUGAACGAGUACCAGCGCGUGCGGUUCGCACGGAGAGUCAUCGACCGCUUCGACGGGAAUCUAUCCGGUAGGAAGAUCGCCGUGCUGGGGUUCGCAUUUAAGAAAGACACCGGGGAUACGCGCGAGUCGCCGGUUGUGGAUGUUAUUAGACUGUUGCUUGAGGAGAGGCCGGCUGAGAUUGAUAUCUUUGAUUUGUUCUGUCAUGAGGAGGAUAUAUUGCGUGAGUUGGAGGCUGUCUGUGGGAAGGAGGCUGUGGCUGCUAGGGUGAAGGUCCUGUCGGAUCCGUAUUUGGCCUGUUCGCAGGCUAAUGCGGUUUUGGUCAUGACGGACUGCGAGCAGUUCAAGAAUGGGCGGAAGCGCAGUGCUGCUCGCUCGGACUCGGAGGCGUACGAGAGUCUGGAUGAGAUGCUGUCGCCGGUGCGCAAGGAUGAGGAGUGGACGUUUAACGGGGCUACUUAUCGAUUGACGCCGGAGGAAGGGUGUGGGAGUGAUUGCGCGGCAUGUCGGAGCUGGGCACCGCGGUCUGUGGCUGUGGUGAAUGAGCCGUUGGAGUGGGCGCGCAUUGCGUACAACUUGAAGGAUCCGAAGUGGGUGUAUGAUGGACGGGGAUGUUUAGAUGGGGCGGAGUUGCAGAAGUUGGGGGUGGAGAGUGAAGCUAUUGGGCGGAUGUAA